AUAUGCUUGUUGUUGUUGGCAAUGGCUGGAUCUUCCUGGCCAUCGUUUACCACUGAAUCGUCUUGCCUUCGUUCCCAUUCUAUGACUCUGCAACACAUACUGAUUUAUCGCGAUGAGAGCCUUGUUCAAAUAUGUUUCCAUCCUUGGAUGGAUUGCUUCUACACCAGAGGGCUGGAUUACCCCGCGCACCGAUGCCCUUGUGUUAUCCGUCGCCAAGAGGUUAUGCGCGAGAGUCAGAUAGAGCUUUGCGGGAGAUACCAGCAACGCUUGUAGUCCUCGCUCGAUAUAUAUCCACAUCCAGCUCGUCAUAUUCCCCAGUGAAGACGGCGUCGUCAUCUUGUCGAGGAGGAUUGAACACUCAUACCCUUGUAUUCUCUCUUGAUUCUCUCUCUCGACUUUCCUGCCUCCCCACUUUCGCUCCCCUUUCGCGAUGCAAUGUCAAGCAAGCAAGUCUCAAGUAGCGAAAACGGACACUUUCUCCAAGACGAUGCAGGAUGUGGUUAACGCCUGCGCAAUCCCGUGGCAUCCGGCUCUGAGGUGAUGAAUCCUGGAAGUUUCGAGAUCAUUCGACGCUCCUGAACACUCGCUCCACGUGCCACCGUGGGCGCAUCGUCCAUAGUGGCCCAGUACCGCUAGGUGCCGAAAGAUGGGAUUCUGCCCCGCCAAGCCGUCACCCUAAUCUGACGACGUAUGGCUCAAGAUCAGCAAUAUAUCGAAUAUAUUCAAAGCCAUGCUGCACUUACAUCUAAUCAACGGCGGAAGAUGUUGUCUCUUCUCAACGAGACACGGGUGUAUUCGUGUCUAACGAUCAACGUGGGUAUUCAUGCCUUGUUGAUGUCAAUAGCAAAUGAUAGGAUCUUCACCAACAUCCUCGAGAUUGUACGGCAGUAUGGCGGCGACGUGCUCACGGCUGUCAAGAAUCACGAGGUUAUUCGCGACUAUCUUCACAGUCAUUGUCCAACGCACCCCUCUUCUUCUCUUUGCGAGCUUGAGCAUAAGGGCCCGUGUACUGGGGCGUUCUCCCUUGAGAAAGAUCUCAUUGGCCUUGCGAACACUCUAAUCAAUGCGCUUAUGUCCCCACUGCAUUCGCAAGUUUUCUCGUUGAAAGGGUCAGAGGCGCAGAUAUGUGUGGACUUAUUGUACUCAGUCAGGGAGUGGGGCAGCAGUCGCGGUAGAGCCGUACUCGAAGAAGUGAUGUUCAAACUAGCCAAACGCUCAGGAUGCUGGCCCCACCUGCUCGAGGUAUCAGAUGUCACAAUCGCUGGACAAACUCCCAUCGGUGGCGGCUCUUUCGGUGAUGUCCUGUUAGGCGAUUAUCGGGGGGAGCAAGUAGCUCUCAAGUGUAUGAGGGUGCAAAAAGGCGGUGCUCUAAAGAUGUUUGCCAAAGAGCUCAUUGUAUGUUCUCGUCUAAAUCACCCGAACAUACUGCCGCUACGCGGUGGAUUUCGAGGGGUUGACCCACCUAUGCUCUACUUAAUUUCACCUUUCAUGGAAAGAGGUGAUCUCCAAGAAUAUUUCAUGUCCACGUCGCCCAGCCCCAAUACUUCCUUUUCAAUUCUCUAUGACAUUGCUAAAGGCCUACAAUACCUUCACACAAGGAAUCCUCCAGUUAUCCAUGGCGACCUUAAACCUGGUAACAUUUUUGUUUCUGCCAACGUACGAGCAGUCAUAGGCGAUUACGGCCUGUCGUACAUAAGAGAUAGUCACCUGGGCUGGUCGUCUUCGAUGGGUCCAGGACAUGGCGGAACGCUCAGAUAUCAAGCACCAGAGCUUAUCAAGGGCGAAGUGAUAUCGUGCUCUACAGACGUUUACUCGUUCGGAUGUAUGAUUUAUUGGCUGGCUUCAGGCGGAGUACCCUAUUCCCAGUAUCGGUUCGGGUACCAAGUCUUUUCAGCUUUAUUCCGGGGAGAGCGUCUCCCGCGCCCCGAGACGGCUGGUCUAAGCGACGGGAUGUGGGACCUUUGUACCAGGUGCCUAGCCACCGAACCGGCCAACCGCCCAUGUGCGACGGAGUGUGUUCAUCUUCUACAGCAAGAAGGGAUGACGCUUCCUCCGUGGAGACCCAUGUCCCAGGAGGGUGCUUGUCGUUCUCUAUCCGACAAUCAUGGUAUAGCCUCCCCUGCGCACAGCUUUAUGCCUCGCGUGGUGUGUUAAUUUUGGGCGAUCGAUAAGCCUGCUUCACCUUACACGCGUCCUGAUAAUGCUUCGUCCGUUUAUGCACAUUUUCAUUCCCAUGCCUGACUUAAUCAGUUAUGAGAGCAUUGCGUUCUUGACGUUACUUCCUCAAACCUGCAUACUGCUUCCUGCCUGGAUCACUUACGACCACUCAUAGCCCUUUUUCUGAUGACCGUUUCUUCUCGCUCCUUUUCCUCCUUCCCGUUGUCAUUGAUAUUCACCUACCUUUGCCUUGGCUUAUCAUGGACGGUUUUCGCGCAUUGCUAUCCAGAAACGAUCACCAUGUCCCUCAAAUGGCCACAUGUACUCCAUAAUUUUUUUCUCGUGUAUUUCUAGUUGUAACUUUUACUACCGCGUCGAGCUUGGUCAGAGAUUCCGG